GAAUGGAAAUCCAAACAAAAUCAUAUAUUGUGAGAGAGGGAGAAAAUAGAUAAAAUCGUAAAUCAAUCUGAUAUAAGAUACAUUAUACGAAUUUAAAUCUAUCUGAAUACUUUAAUUUAUCGACUCCAGAACUUGGAAAGAGGAAAGUUGUAGAAAAGAGGACGCCAGAGACAGAAAUAAUAAAUUAUACACAGUUCUCUUUUAUUUCCUACGUUCCAUCAGUAUUCACACCUCUAUCAGCCGAUACGAUACAAUAAUAGUGAGAAAACAGCGCGUUUACUUCCAGAAAUUUGUAAAACAGAGGUUCGAAUGGUACAGUAGCUAUUUUCAAUUAUGACAUUCAUAAGUUUCUAUUUCACAUGCUGUAGAAGUUGCAAUGCAUAUUUUCUUGAAAUAAGUUAUUUUGGGUCACGAGUGGUAGUGUGAACGGAAAUUUUGCUGUAACAAAGAAAACCAAUUGUUGGCGAAAGCGAAAUAUUAUUGCUCUCUCAUUCUUCCAAUAAACUGAUGGGAAACAGUGCAACUAAAGUUUCACUUGGUUACUACAAAGCAAAGUUAACUUUAGCAGAGUUUGAACUCAGAAUGCAAUUGAUAACAUGACUACUUUGUCCGACGCUUUAACAGUUCUGCCAAUACACCGUUCCCGAGAUAGAAUUUGAAAACAGACCUUAAAGAAAUAUAACUAGAUGAAGCAUUCUACUAAUUCUGCCAACUUCUAAUAAUCACUCUCUAGAAAAAUCCUCGUUCAAUAUGCAUUUGCUUCCAUAGACGUGGUUAACAUCUCGCUAAGGUUUGCACUGAAAAUAACGUAUAGGUCAACGGGAAUUACCUCCCUUGUCUGAACCUCUCCUAUUCUGGAUGUCAUUACACUUGUUAAAGGCGUCGGGACAUGGCGAAGCAGACCCCGUUUCUGGGCAACUUUCACCCGAAAAGUUCAUUUACGAGCUUUAUUAAUGGCAAUGAUAAACCUCCGAACGGUUUUAAAUCAUAUGUUGAUUUCUCCAAUAAUGAUACCAAUCUUAAUAAUGAACAUGGAGAAAUGCAGUUAAAUCCUAACACUAAUCUUCAACCAAAACUCUUAUCAGGAGAGAAGCUCAUUUUUAGCAUAGAGAAAGUUUUAAAAUUCAACUCAUUCAUGAAUUAUAAGCAAGGUGUAUCUGGUGCUCUACAUCUGACCAAUUAUAAAUUAGCAUUUGUAACUUCAAGUGAGCUAGAUGAUGGGCCUGAAAAUUUCUUUGAGUCUGCAAUAAAUUCUACUAAUGAAAUUCCAUUUACAAACAUAGACUGCAUUUAUCAAGUCUUCUCUCAGGCUAAAAAGAAGAAAUUAUUGGCUGUCAACUCUAUUCAGCAACCAUGUAAACGACUAAUGAUUUACAGUCGGGAUUUCAAAAUUCACUCUUAUGGUUUUAAGAUGGUUGGAAACAAUGAAAAAAUUAUUCAGUUCCUCAAGCAAAUGAGUCAAUAUGCCUUUCCUGACAAGAACAACCUCUUUGUGCUUAAUUAUAAUUUAAAAGUGAAAGCAGAUGAAUUUUCUGCUGAACCACCUAUGCCAAUGUUUAUUCGGCAAAAGGACUGGCAAGAUGAAUUAACACGAAUUGAUCAGCAUCCUAAUUGGUAUGUCACUAGUGCAAAUGAAAAUUUUCAACUGUCUUCCAGUUUACCUGAAUAUUUCAUUAUUCCAGAAAGUUUAAAUAAUGAAAGUCUUACAGAGAUGGCCAUGGCAUUUGAUGAUCAAAGGCUCUUAAGCUGGAGUUAUUCAUCAUCUUUUGGUACGACAUUAGCUCGUAUGUCUUGUCUGAAAACUGGAAUGAAUACUUUGAUUGAAAAGGAAACCUUUUUGAUAAAUGCUGUAAAGAAGUCCACCAACACUGCUGUAUCUGUUCUUGACUUAAUCGAAUGUUGUCCAAGUGUGAAAGACAUUGGUUUAAGUGGGGAAAAAUUAAAAGAGUUAUGUAUGACAGGUAAGCUUUGUUUUUAAUUGACAUUUUUUUAAAAAUCAACUUCUAUGGAUAUAUGCACAAUAAAAGGGUAAAUUAGACAAGAAAAUUUAUUCUUAAGAUAGCAAUAAUUUGAACUGGAAUUGCUAAACUCUUUGCCAUACAGUCAAACUGAAACCACAUCAUAUGGACAACUGUGACAUGCAGACAGUGUUUAAGUGCUGCAAUGUGUCACACCGACUACAUCUACUGAAUAGCAAAGGCAGAAAUAAGUAUAUCACAUACAUACUUAACAAUGAAGAUAAUAACAUAAUGAGAUUUGAUGAAGAGCUGCUGAAAAAUACUCCACAUUUGUAGCUGUUGUACAUGAAUGAAGGAUGGCAACACUAACCUACUUAAUUAGAAACUUGGAAGAGAAAUAUUCAUCAUGCUACCUGAAAGUUGUAUAUUGGUACAUAUCCCACAAGCUACAGAUUCCAGUAACAUUGACAGGAAUAGUUUUUCUGGACCUGUGAUAAAUAUAUUACAAGAUGGUACCAGAAUGUUCCUAGACUAGUUUUGUAGCAUGCCAACAAAUAGCAGCACAUGGUUGUGUGCACAAUGAGAGCUAGCAGGGAUCUUCAGUGUACCAAGUGACAGUGCUGUGUUUACUUUGCAAGUCGUGAAAGGUAUGCUGAGAGAUAAAAGGUUGAGUAUGGAAGUGAAAAGAGGUGUGUAUGAGGGCAUGAUUGUGCUGACAAUGUUAUAUGGUGCAGAGACGUGAGGGCUGAGAGAGGCAGAAAGGAGGCGACUAGAUGUGUUUGAGAUGAGAUGUCUGAGGGCUACAGUUGGUGUGACAUGGAUGGACAGGAUAAGAAAUGAGGUGUGAAGGUGAGCAGGAAUGAGAAAAAAACUAACAACCAAAAUGGCUAGAUGGAUGGAGAAGAUGGAUGAAGAGUGGAUGGUAAGGAGGGUGAUGAAGGCAAAAAUGGUAGGCAGCAGAACCAGAGGCAGACCUCGGUUUGUAUGGAUGGAUGGAGUGAGGAAAGCUUUGGUGGUUAGAGGUGUUGGAGUGAGAGAGGCAAGAGAGUUUAUAAAUGAUAGGAAAACUUGGAGAGUGUUUUUGGAUGGAUGAGUGAAUUUGAUGUUGCUCAAAGGGGUACAGAACCAGCACAAUGCAUUGGGGGUAAACCAGUAUAUGCUGUCAGGUCCCAGUGCUGAUAUUGGGGGUUGUGUACUAUGCCUUGACCUGAGCAUAGAACAGGGCUCACCUGUUUGAACUGGGAAAGGAAUGGAAUGCCUGGUGUUUGUCUUAUGUGGCUACCCCCUCCUAAAAUAAAUGGGGAAUUGGCCUGGGUAUGUGUGUAUGUGUGCACGUGUAUAUAUGUGUGUGUGUGUGUGUGUAUAGCCUAAAGAAAGCACCCAAAAUAUCUCCAGUCUGAACUUUCACAAAGCAGACUGGAAAUCAAUCCAAAAAGAGAUCCUCAGACAGGACUGGUCAAAAUGUCUCACCACACCAGACAUCGGCAUGAAACUAGAAUAUUUCUUAUCUGUUAUGCAAGCCAUAUGCUACAAAUACGUCCCAGAGCACAAGGCCAACACAAAGAGAAACGAGAUUCUAAGGGAGAGGAAGAUCCUCAUGAGACAACAGGCAAAGGUUGCAAAUUGCUUUAACUAACAUCCCAAAAAUAGUGAAAGGUCCCAUCUAAAAACAACACUGAUGGAGUUUAAAAAAAGCCUGCAACAAUUCUAUGUGAAGGAGAGAGCAAACAAAAAAGCCUGGGUUAUAAAAA